AUGCCUGGAACCGAUGUGAUAAACGAAUUAUGUGAGGUGAACGGACAAGAAAGCUCGCAAAUAGAUGCUGCGAGUUUUCUACCAUUAGUGCUCCAAGCUCAAGAUCUCGUUAGUAAACUUGAAAGCCGAGUAUUGGAACUAGAAAGUGACCUUGAG